AAAAAAAUCUCCAUUGUUGUGGCCGGAGGGUUGGAGCGCAACGGAAUGCCUUUCGACGUUAAAGACCAACGUUCAAGAUUUUUCUUUUGUAGUUUUAAAGAUUUCUUAUGAAGCCUUCCCUCCUUAGUCCACCAGAUAAAAUGUGGUGGCGAUAUGGCUGAUCCUCACUGUCAUUUACAAACAACCGGCACUAUCGCCUCUACAACGGAACGAUUUCCAACCAUAUGCAUAACACCACCUUCUUUCCUGUCCGAUUUUCCUGCCCUUCCCCUCCCAAGAUAUAAUUAAGCAAAAGAAACAGUCAAAACCUGUCAAACUUUGUAGCCUUCCCAACAUCAUCUUAUCCACAUUUCGCUCCCGACCACCAUCAACCCAUUAUCCGUAAUUUCCCAUAUUCCAGGUAUUAUUACAUGUCGCAUUCUUUCGCAUCAAGCUUCUGAUCUCUCCCUUCCCUUUUGUGAUCUCUUAUGCACCGCCACGGUUUGUCAACAAGGCGACGAGACGAUACACAUUAAUGUCGCCUCGUUGUUUCGCCUGCUUCUGCAGGCGAAGCACCUCGAAGAGGUCGUCGUCACUAAGGGAACGGAAAAACGCCACGGCAGAUGUGUCGGCGGAAGAGCAGCGACGCAGUGGGCCGGUAUUUGUGGAGCUGUUCUGCUCGCAGGGCUGCUCCACGUCGCCAGAGGCUGAGCUGUUGGUGUCGAGGCUUGGGAGGGGGGACUUAGAUGGGCUGGACCUGCCGCCCGUAUUGGUUCUGGGCUUUCACGUGGACUACUGGGAUUAUAUGGGUUGGAAGGACCCGUUUGGGUCCAGCCAGUGGACCGUAAGGCAAAAGGCCUAUGUUGAGGCCCUCAAACUCGACACCAUUUUCACCCCCCAGCUGGUGGUUCAGGGUAGGGCCCAUUGUGUUGGCAACGAUGAAAAUGCUCUAUUGGCCGCCAUCAAGAAUGCACCCAGAGUUCCUGCUCCCACGUUCCGGGCAACCUUCCAAAGGCCGACGUCGGAUUCCUUGCAAGUCUCCCUAACCGGAUGUCUAAGGACAAAGGUGGACAAUCGUGGUGCCAAUGUCAUGGUGGCAUUGUACGAAUGCGGGUUGGUCACAGACUGCCUCGAGGGGGAGAACAAAGGUCGAGUUCUAUCCAGUGACUUCGUUGUUAGAAAACUUCAAAAGCUCUACACCCUCAAAGAUAUGCCUGCCAAGAAGACGAUUUCCGGAACUGUAAAUUUCCCUUUAUGGCAAGGAUUCAAUAGCAGCAACUGUGGCGUCGCUGUCUUUGUUCAAAAUAGCUCUAAUCAAAUUUUUGGUUCGCAGAACUUUCAGUUGCCGGAGAACUUAUGAGGUGGACACACCAAUGUUCUUUACUAGAGUCGUUUUUCUGGCGCAGACAUUAGACCAUUUAUGUAUAGGACGUAUUCUGUUUUUAUAUCCUGCGUUGUUUUUUAAGUACUGGCUGAAGUUUAUAUUAGGAGAUGCAGAGACAGAUAGUUGCAUUACAGUAAAAUUCUUCUUUUUUAUGAUUGGAAUUGAAUUCCUACGUAUUGCAUUUA